GAUCGAUUUUAGUUCGCUCCGAGCAAAUAGGUUAGCUUCCUUUCCAAGAGAGAAUUUGCGCAUUCCGAGCGCUAUUUACCGUGAAGGAUGGCUCCGCGAUAUGAAUUGGCUGUUGGCCUCAACAAGGGUCAUAAAACAACGAAAAUUCGUGUGGCGAACAGCAAAUCUGAAAAAGAGAAAACUGUCUGCAUUCGGCCAGCUAGAUUAAAAGGGAAACAAACCAAACACAGCAAAUUUGUGCGAGAUCUGAUCCGUGAGGUCACUGGACAUGCUCCUUAUGAAAAACGUGCUAUGGAGUUGCUGAAAGUGUCGAAGGAUAAACGUGCUUUGAAAUUUUUGAAGAGAAGGCUAGGAACACACAUCCGUGCUAAGAGGAAGCGAGAAGAGCUUGGAAAUAUCCUGGUACAGAUGAGGAAAGCAGCUCAUCAUUAACUUUUUUAAGUAUGUAAAAUCUACCCAUUACUUAAAUAAAUCAAUAUUUCAACAAAAAGAUAAAUUA